AGAGUCAUGAGGAUUCUUAAAAUUAAUUAAUAGAUAUUGUCGGGUCUCAUUAUGGGCGAACCCAUAGCCAUAAAGCUGGCGUUCGACGCUGCAAGCCAGUUUCUGAACCCGGUCCUUCAACGAGAGGAACUUGAAAAACACCGAGGGAACUCUCUGUUGGAGAUACUGGGACGAAAUGAAGCCGUUGACCAUUCGGAUGAGUCAAUCAGAGCAGUCGUCGUCCAUAAAGCGCUGGAGAUCUUGUUCUCCGUCCAUACCGCAUUUGUUGCCCCGGACAAUGAUGCUGGGCAAGCUUCCCAAAUCGUUGAAGUACCGGACGAUCCAGCUCUAGAGGAUGCAAAACGGCGUCGGAUGCUACAUGCUCUUCUUGAUUUGAUUUCGUUGGAGGGGAUCUACCCUUCACUCUCAGCUGGAGUGGGCAUCCCUUUACAACAACGGGUGAUUUCUGUCCUGCCGCCUGGCGUCAUUGCACAACAGCAGCAGAAGCCCGCGCACGGCACUCUUCAAGAUGAAGAACUACUGGAUUCUAUAGUACAGACACUAAUGAACAUCGUCUUGGAUGAACGACCAAGUAUCCAGCCCGUUGUUCGCGGUCGAAUCUUGAGUGAUAUAAUCAGUGCAGCUUCUGAAUUAGCCUUUCAUUCGCAAAGUCUACCAAAAGAGAAGAAAGAUCGAUACCGCCAAGGCUUGGAAACUGUAAUUGAUGACACUCCUACCCCGGUGUUGUUACCGACAUUAUCGAACUUUCUCCAAGCAGAGCCGGCACCAUGGUUUAGGUCCGUGAUAUCCGCCGCUUUGUCACGGAUACCCUUACGCAAUGAUGGUGUCUUGCAGACGAUUGUGUUUUUGGCUUCGCAAUUUUCCCCUUCACUGGGAGAGAAUCCCGAAGACCAGACGUCUAGAGGGCCGCAUUUUACCGUUCAGUCCAUCAUGCAAACGUCUCAUCUACUAUCUUCCGUACCGCAGGGGAUGGAUGCAGCUGUCUAUUUUUCAUCAAUCGCACCGCAGCUAUUGGCACUUCUUGACGGGGAUGAUCCUGAUUUGAAGAGGACUGCAGCCUAUGUUAUCGGUAAUGGGAUUCUGGGAAAGCGUGCCUAUGGCGCAGUCGGGACUAUAGGGCACGCGAUAUUUGUGGAACCCAUUUUCAAAGCGCUGACGGCAAGGCUUGACGAUGCCUCGAAAAGGUGGAUGCAGCCUUUGGAUAGCAAGAAUGAUGGGAAACCACUACACGACCUUGUUGAUCACCCUACCCUGAGCCUGGCCAUCGAACGCUUGAGGUCCCUUGUUCUUCAGCACUCAAACCCGGGACUAGUUAAAAGAGUCGUAUACCCGGUUAUCCUCCCACUUUGGGGAUUGGCAUGUUUCGCGUGCGACCAAGAUGACAGACUUCACGAUACACUUAUGACUAUAUUGAAGACAUACUUUGGUAUAUCAGUGGGUGUACAACCGCUGGAGAAGAUAGCCGACAAUCUACUGUACAAUGGCGGGGUUGAUUGGACAUAUGGCCUUGAUCCGACAUCAAGCGUAUCGUUGAUAAAGCCUAGUGCAGACUCCGAGCAACACAAUAUUGUCCAAUUGAUCGACACCCUACAGUCGCGAGUCAAACUCUUCGCCAGUCUGCUGGGUGCAGAUCCCAACAGUGAAGAUCGGACUGGCGAUAUUUUCCUUCAUGUGAGCGAAAGAUGGCUAGUAAAACGACCAGGCAAGGAGGGCUCGUUGUCCGACUUACAGCUCCCGUCAGCAGGCGAGGGGCAGGAUCAUAUUUUGCAAAGCCUUGUCAGUGCGAAACUCGCAGAGUCUUUGCUAGACAACUUCAAGGAUACUCUUUCACGCCGUCCAUUAAGAGUGCUUAAACUUGUCAAGCAGAUCAUCAGUGGCGAACUGAGCCGGGUGAACGCGCAGCAUCAUAAGUCGGCAGAUCGACGAGAUGGACAGGUUUCCUUGUCCUCUUUGGCCAAUAUCGUCAGUAAGGACGACAGUGAACCGGAUGAAGGCUCAACCACGACAGACUCGGACGAAUCAUUGCCAGCAGUAUUCAGUUUGCUAUCCACUGUUCUCGCGUCUCCUGAAUUCUCCGUCUCGCCUGAGAUACUGGGAAUCCUCGAAAGUGUCAAACAAGAACUAGACCAACUGAUCCCCAGUCUCCCGCAGUCACUUGCAAAGCCGGCAACAACCGCGUCGAUGCUGAUAGAAAUCAACAUCGCUUGCCCCGAAGGGCUUGACAAAGAGAAAUCCGCUCCUGGUAUUUCAGAUUUUGAAACGCAUCGCCGAGCAUUAACCAAUCUCAACUCCGACCUUCCCCCGGUGCAAGCAGAGGGCUUUUCGCUUCUUUCUGACUUGAUUACGAAAGCCUCACCCAUCCUUGACGUACCAUCCACGCUCACUCUGCUUUUAUCCAUUCUCACGGACUCUUCUGAAACCCAAGCCAACGAUGAAUUCGUAUAUCUGAAUGCUAUCAAGUUGGUGGCUGUAUUGGCUUCUCGACACCCACGCACAGUGGUGAAAACCCUCAUCGACCGCUAUUCCGACAGGAGCGAGAGCAUGACUCUUGAUCAGCGGCUAAAGAUUGGCGAGUGCUUACUCAUGACCGUACAGGAUCUCGGCGAGGCCCUACAGGGGGAAACAGCUAAAAUCCUCGGCGAAGGUAGUGUUGCCGUUGCGGGACGACGGGCACACAAACCCCAAACGCAAAAGAGCCGAAGACAACAGCUGGAAAAGGAAAAGAGGCAACAGGAGCGUGAAGAGCGCCAACGGGAGAACGAUAUCGCGAUGCCAGAUGGUUGGAAGGUGUCUUCGCCCGCCCUUGCGUCUGACGAACUCAUGGAAGAUGCGGACUCGGACUCCGAGUCUCCGGAAAAAGCUGCACAUGCAGCUAAUAUAGUUGCUGCUUGGGCGGCAGGCGCAUCUUCUGACGAGGAGCCAGAUGACUUGCGCAUCAGAGCAUCCGCAAUGUCCAUACUAGCCACUGCAGUGCAGACAAACAUUGCCGGUCUUGGCCCCUCCAUCGUCGCAUCCGCCGUUGACCUUGCUCUGUCAACACUGACAUUGGAAUCGGAGGAAGGAGCUGCAAUCCUCCGUCGCGCAAGUGUUGUCCUCCUUCUUGAUAUCCUGAAGGCCAUCGACACAGCCCGAGAAACCCGUGGAAGUGGUGCGUUGGGUUUCGGGUUUUCUCUUUCAGACGAGCCUACGACCAGCAAUUCUAAUGAUCGGGGACCCACAACUGUUGGAAACCUUCCGUAUAUGCUCCGUGUGCUUCAAUUCGUGGAGAGCCACGAGACGGACGCCAUUGUACGUGGCCACGUCCGCGUCCUGAUCGAAAGCCUGGAGGCCUGGCUAGAGAAAUCUAUACUGUGGGGGAUCGGAGCCCAAGGAACGGACGAAGAAAGUGAACCGCGGAUGGAGCUGGGAGAUCAGAUCGCUGGCCUUGAUAUUAACCCAUUGGCAGGGACUUCUGGAGCCGGCAGGCCCAGAAUUGAGGAAAUCGAGUGAUACAUGGACACUUGUUUAAAUAUUAUCUACUUUACCUGU